AUGCCAAUUCCAACCUACAACGAGAAGAACAACGGGUCAAACACCACAAAUGACACUCAACAGGCGGCUCAAAGCGCCACCGCCACGACGUCCAGCAACAGCCACGCAACAACCACAAGCUUCGCAGGCACGAACUUCCCAGCCGCUGUGAACGAGCAGGGCCAGCCGCUGAGCAAGGAGGAGGCUGACCGCCUGUAUGAGGAGCGCAUGGAGGAAGAAUAUGCAAAGAGGGAGGGCGGUGCUUGA